AUGCGGGGACCCAGCGACCAGAUCUCCGUCUCUCUUUCUGAAACGCCCGCAUUGCAGCCGAACAGCGCUUCUGCAACUCCGGCGGGGGUUCCGCAACCCUCCGCUCUCCCUUCCGCCGCUUCCGCCGCCCCUCCGGGAGCAAGGCUCAUUCCCCUUCGUGGCGCGAGUUCUGCGCGAUCCGCCGAGUCCCCAUACGCAAUAGUACGGAAUUCCACUGCAACGACUCAAAGCGCGUCCGCGACGCGGUUCGUCCCUCUCAGGCUGCCUCUCGGGAAGCUUCAGCACCAGCAGCAGCGGCGCGAGGUGGAGGGCGCGACGGACAUUGCGAACCAGGGCGGCCUGAUACUGGCCUAUUCGAAGGAGUACUUAAUCUACUAUGGGACCUCGACCGAGGGGUCCGGCCAGGAUGUGACUGGAAAUUUCGAGAACUCGUUGGGCGGAGACACGGAGACAGGGGGAUCCGGGGGAUCCGGGGCGUCUUCAAGCAGAGCUGCGCAUGCUCCCCAAGUCGACUCAAAAGUCAAAUCGUUGGGCGGAGACACGGAGACCCGGCGGGGGAUCCAGGGCGACCCGACGGGGGAGAGCAGCGGGCGUAUUUGGUGGGACAUGUCGACCAACUCCUACCAGACUAACGAUGACGGCUCCCAGCCGUUCGUCAGUCCCGAGGUCAUGUUGGGCGGCACAGUCACGGACGACAGUUUUAACGGCUGGGAAUCCAUCGACGGCACUUUCACGGACGACGGAUCUGACGGCUGGGAAUCCUCCGAUUAUAGUCCGAGUGAGUCAUGCGCGUAA